AUGAGCCAAAUGUCCCCUAAUCCGGUGCCGGACUCGUCAGCUAGGAUGCAAGCCGACGCCACGCCCGUUCUGCCUCAAGAGGAUUCGGAUAACGUGUCGGUCAUGAAUUCCGAAGUGGAGAGAGUGAUGAAUCGUCGUCGACUAAAGGAAGCUAUGCGUGCUCCGGCCUUGACCGAACAAGAAUUCGCCACACUGAGUUCGACAGAUGCAUAUAUCCGAGCCACUCGAGACUGCCUUGCUGGAGUUAUUCGGCUGUUCUCGAAGAAUAUACAGGUUCUGCACGAAAAGAACACUAUGCUAGCUCAUGAGAUGAACACAAACCAGACGCAACUGAGUGUGGUCACCGCCGAACUAGCAGAGUUGAAAGGGACCACGAUGGGCGCGUCCAGGGAAAGAAAACUUGAGGAGGAAAAGGACAAACAAGCCGAAGAUAUAGAGAGCUUGAAGGCUCAACUAUCAGCCGCUCAGAAGGAAAAUGAAAAGUUGAAAGGCGGCAUGUUCUGUCUAUUAAUUGGUCGACCAGAGGAGGAAGUGUCCGGGUUUCAAGGCGACGUGCUAAAGGAGUUGUCUGCCAUGGAUGCUCGGGCCCGGAAAGCCAUGAGGAGUAUGGUAAAGGCAUUAUGGCCAUCUGAUAUUCCUCCAGAAACUCAGCCGCAUGCGUUACUUGGAGAACCUGAACUGGGAAUGACCUUUGAUAAUGAGAAUGACGUGCGAGAGUACUACACCAAAUAUGCUAAAGUGAAAGGCUUUGGUGUGAUGAGAAGAAGUUCAAAUACUGAUGCUAAUGGACAACUGAAGUACCUUACACUUUCCUGCACUCGCAAUGGUAAGACUCAGUCCAAAUCAAGAAAUAUGUUGAAGCCAAAUCCAUCAGCCGGGUUAGGAUGCAAAGCUAAAAUUAAUAUUGCCCGUGGUCCUGAUGGAAAGAUUUAUCUUUCAACUGUCAUUUUGGAUCAUAACCAUCCAUUAAGUCCACAAAAAUCUCGGUUAUUCAGAUGCAACAAAAGGUUAGAUUUUCAUGUCAAGCGAAAGCUUGAGUUGAAUGACCGGGCUAGAAUUCGAGUAAACAAGAAUUUCAAUUCUUUUGUUGUGGCAGCAGAUGGUCAUGACAACCUAACAUUUGGUGAGAAAGAUUCUCGCAAUUAUCUAGAGAAAAUAAGAAGGUUGAAACUUGGCAGUGGUGAUGCUGAAGCGGUUCGUGACUAUUUUAUCAAAAUGCAAUCUGACAACCCAAACUUUUUCAGUGUCAUGGAUGUUGAUGAUGAAUCCCGACUUAGGAAUGUAUUUUGGGCUGAUGCUAGAAGUAGAGCAGUGUAUGACUCUUUUCAUGAUGUCAUUACAUUUGACACAACAUAUUUGAUGAACAAAUAUGAUAUGCCUUUUGCUUGUUUUGUUGGAGUGAAUCAUCAUGGUCAGUCAGUGCUGCUAGGAUGUGCUUUAUUAUCAAAUGAAGAUACUGCAACAUUUGUUUGGUUAUUUCAAGCAUGGCUCACAUGUAUGUCAAAUCGUCCACCAAAAGUUGUUGUUACUGAUCAAGCAAAAGCAAUUCAAAAUGCCGUGGAAAUAGUUUUUUCGGAUUCUCGAUACAGAUGGUGCUUGUGGCACAUUAUGAAAAAGAUACCAGAGAAGUUAGGUGGAUAUGAGGAAUAUGAUCACAUCAAAGUUGAUGUUGGCAAGGCAGUUUAUGAUUCAUUAACUAUUACAGAAUUUGAAGUUGCUUGGCUAGAUAUGCUUGAGAAGUAUGAUAUUGGUGAUAAUGAAUGGCUUAAAGGGCUUUAUGAGCAUCGACACCGUUGGGUUCCAACAUUUGUGAAAGAUGCCUUUUGGGCAGGUAUGUCUACUACACAACGUAGUGAAAGUAUGAAUGCCUUCUUUGAUGGCUAUGUUAAUGCAAAAACUACAUUGAAGCAUUUUGUUAGCCAAUACGAGAAUGCUCUUCGUGAUAAAGUUGAGAAGGAGAAUAUUGCUGAUUUCAAUUCUUUCAAUUCAACCAUACCUUCUAUCACAAGAUUUGACAUUGAGAAGCAAUUUCAAUCAAUCUAUACAAAUUCUAAGUUCAAAGAAUUUCAAGAAGAGCUAACAGAUAUUAUGUACUGUGAGCGGAAGUUGAUACAAAAAGAAGGGGCAAUAGAAACGCACGAGAUAACCGAGGAUGUGCUAAUUGACGAAGAAAAAGGAUGGAGAAAAGAUAUUGUGUACCAUGUAUAUUUCAAUGAGGAAGAGUUUGAAAUUAAGUGUUCAUGUCGCCACUUCGAGUUCAGAGGUAUUCUCUGUAGGCAUGUGUUAUGCGUGCUCACUCAGAAGAAAAUCAAGGAGGUUCCUCAGAAAUACAUCCUUGAUCGGUGGAAAAAUGUGAAAAGAAAACAUAACUUUAUCAUAUGCACAUGUGGUGGCAUGGAAGACAGUCCUGUUGCAAAACGCUUUGAUAGUUUGUGCAAUUCUUUCUACCCAACUGCAGAGAUAGGCGCCAUGUCAGAUGAUUCGUUCAAUUCCUUGACUGAAGAUCUCCGCACCUUGCAAAUUAAGUACAGUAGCAACUCAAGUUCUGAAAAUAAUAAUGAUAAGGCCGAAUCUAAGGUUGAUAAGCUUAUUCGGCAAGCAAAGGAAAAGAAGAAGAAAGCUGAACUAAGGGAGCAAAAAAAGGUUGCACAGAAGGAGAAGAAGGAAGCUGCAGAAAAGGCUCGCUCCAUGAAUUUGAAAAAGAAAAGGUCCAGUAAAAGGAAAAAAUCCUCGGAGGAUGAUAUGCUAGAACAAAAUGUUAUGGAACAUGCGCUCGUCGAUCUGGCCCAGCUGCGCGGUGUGAGAUCGUUGAGAUUUUCCACUGCACGCUCAGGAGCAGGUGGUCCAGCGUCAUACGCCGGCGGCCGCCAGUACGCCGCGCCGGGCUGCAGGGCGCUCGCCCACGGCGCGGCCAGCAUCCAUACGAGGGGGCCGCCUCACUGCCCUGGAGGAGUCGGCCGUGACUGUUACAAAGAGGACGAGAUCGCCAGCCUGUAG